AUGCUCAAACGCUCUCUGCGUCUUGCGAUGAAGAGAAACCUUGACUCAUUUCUCAAGGAACACUAUUCGUUGACUUCCAACUCAGUCACGGCCCCAAUAACGCCCUCUUCCAAAGCUCCUGGGCCGCCUGCUAAGGUUCCCAAGUCCAACAUGGUAACCACCACCAUUCAACUCACCACCAAGGAGCAGCAGCUCCGCCAUCUGCUUCUCGAUGUCGCCAAAGCCAUAGACGAGUCCGGAAAAGCUCCAGAGCCUAUUGCUCUUCGCUGGGCCGGUGGAUGGGUACGCGACAAGCUACUCAAUAUCCAGAGCCAUGACAUCGACGUGGCCAUCAACGCCAUGACUGGCGUCCCCUUUGCUCAAGCUAUGUGCGAUUAUUGUGAACGGCCAGAGGCUAUGUCCAAGCACAAUAUCGGCCCUGCAGAUAUUGGAAGCCUUCACAACGUUGCACGCAAUCCUGAAAAAUCUAAGCACCUAGAAACGGCCAUGGUCAAGAUGUUUGGUCUGGAUCUCGAUUUCGUCAACCUCAGGAAGGAGACCUAUACUGAGGACAGCCGAAACCCUCAAAUGGAAUUCGGUACGGCUGAAGAGGACGCACGCCGCCGCGAUGCGACCGUCAACGCACUCUUCUACAACUUACACGACGACAGCGUUGAGGAUUUUACGGGAGGACUUGCAGAUAUGGAAGCUAAAAUAAUCAGAACCCCUUUGGAGCCCUUCCAAACCUUCAUGGACGACCCUUUGAGAGUUUUGAGACUUGUUCGUUUCGCCAGCCGGCUCCAAUUCACAAUUGACGCCAACACGCGCAAAUUCAUGGCAGAUCCAAAAGUCCUUGAGGCAUUACGUGCUAAGAUUAGUCGAGAGCGAGUUGGCGUAGAGCUAGAGAAAAUGCUCAAAGCUCACCCUUUCGAAGCACUUGAACUCAUCCAUGACCUACAACUCUUCCAUGCAAUCUUUACCGAUCCAACCCAGGAGAAUCUCCCAGUUCCCGACAUAUCGCGGUGGCCUGUUGCUUAUACUUGUCUUGACGAUCUUCUCAAGGAUCGAGACUCGACUUCCAUUGCUGGCCGACUUAUUAGUUCCACGGACGCCUCCUACUCCGCUUGGAACCUUGCCGCGCUCUCUCCGUGGAUGACAGUUGAAGAACCUCCAAAUCCUCGGAGGAAAGCAAAUGCUCUCCCUCUUGUGGCCAUUGUCUCGCGGGAAGGCUUCAAGGCCCCAAAUCGUUUGUCGAGCAUUGUUGCUGCUUCACAUCGCAAUCGUGAGGAGGUUUUGAAGUUGAAAAAUGCUGUCUGCAAUGGAGAGUCGUACAUUCACGAACGAGAUCGUUUCGGCAUGGCAAUCAGGAAAUGGGACACGCCCGCCGGUACCUGGAGACUGCAGGUUUUGAAUGCACUACUCGUCGAGGCCUUGGAAACCCUCACGGAAUGGCGUCACGAAAAGUCAGCAGGUUGGAAAAGCUUCCUUGACCACCUCGCUAAGUUAGAUGUUUAUGAAGUUACGACACUCGAAAAGCUCCUUGAUGGCGGAAAACUUGCCAAAGCACUCGGUGGUAUCAAACCGGGGAAAUGGACAGGUCCGGCUCUAGAAGUCUGUGUUGCAUGGCAACUUCGCAAUCCCGAUGAAACAGACCCCACAGGUGCGAUAGAAGAAGUACAGCGGCGAAGAGAAGAGUUGGGGAUACCGUUGAGAAGAUUGUUUGACGAUGAUGAGCGAGCAGUCAGUUUCUCUACAGUGCGAUUGGCUGUGUUUCAACACUGGCUCCUUGGUCCUUCAAAUACAGCGCUGCUGCAUGAAAUCUCGGGUAAGUACUUGGCUCAACUUCCCAAACUUUCAGUUGACCAAGCCUUAUCCUCGGAAGACAAGAACCUGGACCAAGGCCAAUUGGAGAGGCUUACGGCAGCCAUCAGUGAGAAAGCAUUAAGAUUGAAGAGUGUUGAAGAACAUUCGGAGCUGCUGACGGAAGCAGCCGUUGCCAGCCUCAGCAUCUUGUGCUCGAAGCAUCACUUUGUUCUGGAUCAGGAUACUCUAGUGAAGCUCACAGCUGUUACAGAUCCUCAGGAUCCAUGGACAACUGCGGAAGCUGCAACGACAGCAUCGAAGCUUUUGUCUGAACAACUUGAGGGCAAAAGUCUGAUCGAGUUUAUCAUCAACACGGUGCUACAGAAGUCUUUGAAGCCAUUGUUUAUGAAAUCGUCCUCGCGAAUCACAGCUUCAGGACGACCCUCACAGUAUACCAUUAUAGACGAUCGGUCCCGACCUGUGAUUGAAGUGCUACCAUGGAGAACUCAGGCCCCAUGGGCAGAGGCUACAAUACAAUGGGCAGUGAACAUGUCUACAACGCCACUCAUUCAACAGCACUGGCCGCUUUUCUUGCCAGUCCUGUUGGCGCUGGUGGAGAACGAGUCUACCAAGACCAAGGCCAGAGGUUUACGGACCGCAAGGGAAUUCAUGACCAAAUGUUCAGCUCAAGUAUUGCAAAAUACAGGAAUAGGCCGUGUAUUUGCAGAUGUCACAUUCCCGCUCCUGCUUCAUCUCCCUAGCGUCACACCAGAGGAUGAAUCUACAACUAUACUCGUACCGGCUUAUGAUGUGCUUAUCAAGCUGGCUGAGUCCACUGGGAAUACUAACAGCAUUGAGCGUCGCCGAUUAUUUGACAGGAUCCUCAGAGACGGAGUAUUCGCAGGCUAUUUUCAUGCUUCUCAGCACACUCGCAUUGUCCAAGUUCUGUUGCAGAAGGCGACAGUAGUAAUCAAUGGUCUGGGUAUCUAUACAAUCAAACAUCUAACUCCUCUUCUCUCAAUGGCGUCAUCAGUCAUGACAGAUCCAUUUGCAGUCUCGUAUCCUCCGACCCUGAUAGCAGCAACGCAAACACUGAACGCCAUCAUUACUAAUGCAUGGCCUCGUAUCCGAGAAGUUGAGCAUAUGGAGAACGUCAUCCAAAUUUUGUCAUUAUGCUGGUUGAACGUCUCUGAGGAGAUUGAGCAUGAAAUACCUCAGACUUCAGAAGAAAUCCACACCUUAUCACGAGAGUUGGUACACACAGCUCGGAUUCUACAGGUACUCUGGGCUCAGGACGCCUCUGUAUGUCCCGCGAAGCUGAGUGAAGCCUUGAAGCAAGAACCGCGACUAUCCGAUCUUUUCCCCGAAACUCUGGCUUGA